AUGGAGCUGGACGGGUACCCGAAGGACUUCAUGCUUCAUAACAUUAAGGAUAAUGAACCUGAGGGUCCUCGAGCUGCCGAGCCUGGUGAUGAGGAUUUUGAGAUGCCGUCCGAGGAGGAGAGCGUGAGCGAGGAAGAAGAAGAGUCAGAGUCAGAGCAUGAUGAUGAAGACAUAAUACCUCGUGGUCGUGGAAGGACGCUUCGGAAGACUCGCUUGUAG